CAGUGAGAAAGAAAACAUUUUUAUGUUAUCGUCAAAAUCCAAUUGAAACAAAAUAAAAAGAUGGGUUCUUUAACUCAAGCGUGCUCUUCUUCUUCUUCUCUGGCGAAGAGUGUGUUUUCAUUGGCUUCUUCAUCGCCGUUUUUCUUCACGAGCGGGCACACCAAAAUCACUCGCCACUAUAGCAGCAGCUUCUUCAGAGCAUCCACCUCACCGUUGGCGUCAGUUUGUGUCGAUUCAAAGGAAGUGAGAAGCACUGAUUUGGUGGACUUGGAGUAUGCAGAGCUUAACCUCAAGUACAAGAUAUCUGAAGAAGUGGGUCAUGUAAGAAUCAGACAGCAUGUUAACCCUCUCAGUUCCUCUUUCUCCACUCCAGCUCCAGUUCCGGCUUGGGAGGAAGUGUAUAAGGAUCCAUCGCUACCUCUUAUGGUUGAUAUUGGAAGUGGUAGUGGCAGAUUCCUCCUGUGGCUAGCCAAGAAGAAUGCUGAGUCAGGCAACUACUUGGGGUUGGAGAUACGCCAGAAACUGGUCAAGCGUGCUAACUUUUGGGUUAACGAGCUGGGACUUUCUAACGCACACUUCAUUUUUGCAAAUGCCAUGGUUUCAUUUGAUCAGCUUAUAUCAAGCUAUCCUGGACCGUUGGAGUUUGUCUCAAUCUUGUGUCCGGAUCCACAUUUCAAGAAACGCCAUCACAAGAGACGUGUUGUGCAAAAGCCUUUGGUAGAUUCCAUUCUACAAAACCUGAAACCUGGCGGAAAGAUCUUUGUGCAGUCAGAUGUGCUCGACGUAGCUCAGGACAUGAGAGAUCAGUUAGACGAGGAAGCAAAGGUUCUUGAACAUGUGGACACAGUUGAUACAGAGGAAGGUUGGUUAAGAGAAAACCCAAUGGGUAUACGAACUGAACGAGAGAUUCACGCUGAACUCGAAGGUGCAAGGAUCUACAGAAGACUAUACCAGAAGAAGAUAUUGAUUGAUAGUCUUCAAUAAACAGUCAACGUGUAAUUGAGAAAGCUGGAGCUUAAAUUUUUCCAUGUUCUAGAUUAGUUAAUGAUUUAUUUGCAGAAAGACCCAUAAAUAUUCAGUUUUAUCACAAUUUAAGUACAAUAUAAGAAAUAUGUAGUGGAUUAUGCGAGUGAAGUUUGACUAGACAGUCUAGAAUCAGAUCCUUUCAUAAUAUAUAAUUCUUGGAUUUUUAUUUCUUUCUUCAUGAGUAAGAUUUUAAAUAUUCAUAAUUGGUUCAGUCUUCAGACAAAACAACAACAAAAUGGCAUAUACUUAGGUCAGUGUAAUUAAUAUACAUUAUCUUGAAGAAUUUUGUGAAAAAAUAAGUAAAAGGAAACGCGUUGCGUGGAAACUACGGCUCGUUCUUGAUCAGCAGCAUCUCAAGCGUUUCCUCUGCUUCUUUGUGGUCGACUAGUCUGAGGUCUAAGUUUGAAGAAGAAAAUGGGGGAGGAUCAGCGUAAUCACAGCGACAAAGGAUUCUUCCACCACUUAGCAGGAUAUGCAAGUGGACGCUACCGACCUCACGGUCAUCAUGGUUAUAAUAAUCACGGUCAUCAUGGCUAUGGAGUUCCUUAUGCAUAUCCUGCUCCUCCUCCUCCGUAUGGUUAUCCACCUGUUGCUUAUCCUCCACAUGGUGGUUAUCCUCCACCCGGUUAUCCUCCACCCGGUUAUCCACCUCACGGUUAUCCCGGACACCACCACCACGGAGGUAUAGGAGGGAUGAUAGCGGGUGUGGCAGCUGCAGCAGUUGGUUCUCACCACCAUGGACACUAUGGUCACCAUCACGGUCACGGCUAUGGGUACGGGUAUUACAAACACGGUAAGUUCAAGCACGGAAAAUUCGGGAAACGCUGGAAGCAUGGCAUGUUUGGGAAGCACAAGGGAAAAUUCUUCAAGAAAUGGAAGUGAUUUGUUUCCUGAAAAAGAUAUAAUCCAAUUCAGAGACCAUACAUUAUCAUUAUGCAACAACAAUAAAUAAUUAAGUCUCUGAAAAUGUUACAUACUUAUUGUGAGCCUUAUAAGAGGCUAGAAUGUCAUAAUCAUUCUUUCUUGGUUUGGUAUUAUCAAGCUUUUUCUUUGUUUUACAUUGUCAUGUAUAAAGUUUGUUUCAUUUGGUA